AGAGAGAGAGAGAGAGAGAGAGAGAGAGAGACUCAGAGUCAGCUCUGACUCUACAGCUCCACAUUGCCGGACACUCCGCUCAGCUCAGCGCUCAGCACACUUUCUCUACUUUCUGGAUUAAUCGGAACGCACUUUGCGCUUUGUUUGUGUUUGUGUUUUUGUUUGUUUGUUUGUUUGUUUUGUUUGUUUUCAUGGAAACUCGUUACAGCGGAAGUCGGGUGUUAUUUUGUUUCAUCGCAACUUUUCAUCUCUUUUCUCAACUCCAGCGGUUUGCGCUUUUUUUUUAUGGAAAAUCUCUGCACAGAAAGAUCUACCUAAACUAUCCGAAAACCGCUGAUAUCGCUGCAUGAACAGAACAACAAAACUUUCUCUCUCUUAAAAACAACAACAACAACAACAACAAAAAGCAUUAAAAUAUAUAAAUAUUAGCAGAGUACAAACAUGUGUGAGGUUUGAUUUGUUUGGAAACAGCUCCCUCUUUGCAGUAACUGUCCAGAUGCUAACCGGAGUUAGCUUUAGCUUUCUAACACUUGUUUUGUUUUGAGGCCUGCAGAUUAUUAUUAAAUUUUAGAUUUGUAACUGUUUUUUUAUUUAUAUAUUUGUAUAUUUAUGCAGAGGGGGAAAAAAACAAAUUUAAAAAGCUUUAGACGCUUUUUUCAGUGUCGCACCGUGAAAGAGGAACAAGUUCUGGGUCUGUAUAUUGGAUAUAAAUAGAAAUAAUCUGCUUAAACUUUGUUGUUGUUGUUGACAUAUAAUCGAAUAAUCGAGGCAUUUAUUUGCUCGCGCGAUUAAUUGUAAGGGAGUGUAGUGCAUGAGUUAAAACUCGGGCGGAGAGGAAAGUUUAAGACAGCAAAGGUUUCAUUUGGAUUACAUCAGUCAAGCUCUUGACCCUUACGACCGACUCGAGCGAUUCGAUUAUUCUUUGUGCAAAUUGCUAGGGUCGUCGAUCAAUCUCAUCUAAUGCAGGAGUUUGGAUAUUUUUUUUGUUUGCUUUCCCCCCCCAUCCCUUCAAAUCGGACUUUGGGGUUUGUCUUGAAGAAGAUGCGAUAAAAGUGACAUGAAGAUAGUCUAGACUUUAUUUUUGCUCUUCAACCCACUGAUGCUGUGCACUGACCGAUGCUCUCCCAUGACCUCAAAUAUGCCAGUUGGAUUUAAGUCGCAGAAAAGCUGUCAAACAGAAGCCCAAUGAGCGACACACAGCCAACACUCAGUGACAGGUUUUCCAAAAAAGCAAUCCGAACUAAUAGCAUUCUCAGCAGAGACCAUCCCCCAGACAAAAAGCCCAAAAGUGACAAGAGUUCCGCUCUUCCAGCACAAGAUUUUGACUCUACAGGGCUGGUUCAGAGAUGUGUGAUCAUUCAGAAAGAUGAGAAUGGUUUUGGCCUGACAGUGAGUGGAGACAACCCUGUGUUUGUGCAGCUCGUCAAAGAGGAUGGAGCUGCAAUGCGUGCAGGGGUUCAGACCGGAGACAGGAUCAUUAAGGUUAAUGGCACCUUGGUGACACAAUCGAACCAUGUCGAAGUGGUGAAGUUAAUCAAAUCGGGCUCCUACGUGGCCCUCACUGUGUUGGGACGACCGCCCGGGCUACCCCAGAUCCCUCUUUCAGAGGUUGAUCUGAAUCUAGAGUCGCUAGAUGAUAAUGGAACAUCCACAGUCUCAUUCCCACGUUCUCCGCCACAGAUCCGGAGCAAGCGGGAAUACAAGGAAGAGAACAGCAUCAUGCACAGCCUAAAAGUGGACUUAGAGAAGAAGCUGGCUAAAGACAGACAGGAUUUCCAGGAAGAGUAUGGCAAGAAUCCCACCCUCCGGCUACUGAGGGACAUCCAGGAAGCCCAAAAAACCAUGCACAGAGUUACACAGGAUGGCCUUCCUUUUGGAGACGGUGAGGGUGGUCGUGUUGCGGAUGUGGACGAGGUCAGUACAGAUAGUGUAUGGGGUCCUGUAGGUGUAUCACAGGCCCUGCCUCGCCGCCACUCAGCUUCGCCUAAGACUGUUGGCCAGAAAGACUGGAAGAGUCCAAAGAGCUCACAGCGAAACAGCUUCAAUUCAUGCUCUUCACCUGAAAUUGCAGACACCUCUGACCUGGACUCGCACCUCCAUCCCGGUGUGAAAAGUGCUCCAUCUCGUCUUGCCUCGCAGAUCAUUGGAGCUGAGGAUGACUACUUUGACUCAGAACAUGAGCAAGAGCAGGUGAAUGUGCAAUGUAACUGCUUCCAGAGUUUGGAGCUGCUUAAGAGUCGACCUGCUCACCUUGCGGCUUUCCUGCACCAUGUGGUGUCACAGUUUGACCCUGCUUCUGUGCUUUGCUACCUUUACACUGAGCUCUACAAGCAGACCAACUCGAAAGAAACCAGGCGCAUCUUUAUGGACAUCUACACCUUCUUCAUUGAUAAGGGGGCUAACUUAAAAGUAACUGUGCCUGAAUCUAUCUCUUCUGAACUCGAACGAAGGAGGCCAGAGCUGAUUCCUGAGGAGCUGCACAGGCAAUAUGUUCACACGAUGCAGGACACUCUUCUCCCUGAAGUGAACAAACUUCUAGAGGACUUUAGACAGAAGCACAGUAUGGGACUGACCUUAGCUGAAGUAGAGCUAGCUCAUCUGGACACAGAGCAGGUAAAAGACGCCACUGCUCUGGAGAGAGAGAGAUCCUGUGCUGAGAACAUCCUCACCAAAAUAGACGACAUUCUGUUGUCCACGCUAGCCGCAGAAGAGGAAAAGUGUACCACUAUACAGUACGUGAUCUACUUCUACAUGAAGCACCUGGGUGUGAGAGUCAAAGAGCAGCGUAACCUAGAGUCCAAACGUGUCCGCAUUAAUUUCCUGCCAAAGAUCAAGUCUGGAUAUUUGCAGAAGAGCAGUAAGCUGGAGAAAGAAGGAGAAGAAAAGAUGAAAAAACCUCGUUUCAAUAUCCUGGGGCCUCAGCGUCGGCCAAGCCGCAUCGAGACAACACCCGCAGUAGGUCGCAACGUGGAUGGAAGCAAGCCAAGGCCUCAGAAGCAGCUCUCACAGCCAGCGAUGGGAAAGUGUGAGGUGGUAGACGGUGGGCGUUUACGGGGAAGCCUGUCGAGCGAGGGCUCUGACCUCAUACAUAGCCCGACGGUCAUCAGCAACAUUUCUCCUUACAGCCCUAUUUCAGAGCCAGCCUUCAGAGACACAGACUGCAGCAUGAACCCAUCUUCCACGCUCCAGCGGCUGAGUGACGGUAUGCAGGUUGGAGAAGGGCCGGAUAUGACAUACCCACCAUGCGAUUACAGUCCCUACAAUGUGGAGCAUCUUGAUGAGGACAGAGAAGGAGACAGACUCAUGAUCAAAGGAUUCUGUUAUGAUGUGCGAUUUUGGUCAGCAAGUCAGGAUGAAAAUCAUACAGGAUUUGUGGAUGUGGGCACGCCGAAGUUGAGCAGAAGGCUAGAGGAGACUCUGAGCGAGGACGACGGUGUUUACUCCGACAUGGAUCUUCCAAACUGGCAGCAGCUUGUGAAGAUGGAGGUUCUAGCUGAACUAACACCCCAGGAGAUCAAGAGACAGGAAGUUAUUAAUGAGCUGUUCUACACAGAGCGUGCCCAUGUGCGCAUGCUGAAAGUCCUGGACAAUGUCUUCUACCAGAAGUUGACCCGUGACAACAUACUACCACCCGCUGACAUCAAGAACAUCUUCAGCAACCUGGAGGAGAUCAUCCAGCUCCAUGUGAUGAUUUCGGAGCAGAUGGCAGCCAUACGCAAGAGGAACGAAACAUCAGUGGUCGACCAAAUCGGAGAUGAUUUGCUGUCUUGGUUCAGCAGAGAAGAGGAGGAAAGGAUGAAGAAUGCAGUCGGCACCUUCUGCAGCAACCAGCCCUUCGCUCUGGAGCUCAUCAAAAGCCGACAAAAGAAGGACCAGCGCUUCCAGAACUUCAUGCAUGAGGCAGAGAGUAAUCGGAUGUGCCGGAGGCUACAGCUGAAGGAUAUCAUUCCGGCCGAGAUGCAAAGACUCACCAAAUACCCACUGCUGCUGGAGAACAUUGCCAAGUACACAGGUGAUCCAGAGGAGAAAGACAAGGUGAGGAAAGCAGCUGAUUGUUGCCGAAAGAUCCUGAACCACGUUAACCAAGCAGUGAAGGAGUCAGAAAAUAAACAGCAUCUGGAGGACUACCAGAGACGGCUGGACCUGUCGUCUCUGAAGCAGAGUGAGAAUCCGCUCGUUUCAGACUUUAAGAAUCUAGAUCUUACCAAGAGGAAGUUAAUCCACGAAGGUCCCCUGACCUGGAAACUAAAUAAAGACAAAACUGUUGAGUUAUACACACUGCUCCUUGAGGACAUCCUGGUGCUGUUGCAGAAACAAGACGAGAGACUCGUUCUGAAAUGCCACAGUAAGAACCGAGCAGGCUCAGCCGACACGCAGCACAUCUUCAGCCCUGUCAUCAUGCUCAACACUGUACUGGUGCGCUCAGUGGCCACAGACAACAGGUCCUUCUUUGUGCUCUCCAUGUCGGAUAACGGAGCUCAGAUCUAUGAACUGAUGGCCCAGACAGUGUCUGAACAGAGAAUAUGGCAGAGGCAUAUCAUUCAGCGAGCAGAGGCAAUGAAGUCCAGGCCACACGGCGUCAUUCCUCUGCCUCAGUCUUCAGUGGAGAGAAAUGGAGUUGGAGUUGGUAAACUUGCCAAAGCUCCAGAACGUGAGUGUGUAAGCAAUGCUCAGGCCUCAGGUAAAGCCUGCGAUGCAGUAUCUGAUCAUACCUCCAGGAAUGAGGAACAGGAGCAAACACAAGCACAUGGCCAAGAUGAAAGCUGUUAUCCCGAAGCAGAGCUGCUGGAUGGCUGUGACACAGAUGCUCCAUCCUCUUCCUCCAGAGCCGAUGAAGCUCUGAAAACCUUGGCAGCUUUAAAGCAGGUACUGGUAACUCAGCUGAUGGCCCAGAACGACGACGAGCGAAUGGGCCGGCGUCUCCUCAGGACAACAUCUUUGCGCACAUCGUGUAGGACUCAGGACGCUUCCUCAGGAGACACGGGUUUUUAUGACGGCACUGAGGACUAUGCAGGUUACCUGGUGCUGGAGGGCUCUGGUGGCUCUGAGAGCAGCACUGAUGAUGGUGUCCAGUACAGGAGGAAAGAGUUGGGUCUUUCCCGUGGCUGCGCUGCUGACUCGGGUAUCAGCCUCAGGUUUUCAUCGUCCUCAGCAGAGAGCUUAUGUGGCAUCAGCAGGCAGGUUCUCACAUACCUUCGCGCUCUGCAGACCAACCUCAAUCACCUCAAGGAGGUAGAGAGCAGAUAUUAUCUGUUAAAGCAAAAACAAGAAUCAGCAGACGCUGGGGGAAACAAAGAAGGAAGAAUAACUGCAGGACCCAGAGGGAUUGUAAAUACGUGUUUAUGAUUUCUCAUCAUCUAGAUAAGAAAUAACUUGGUGGAGCUUUCCUGGCUCAAGUUAACCUGGGGGCACUGCUAGACUCCGCAACUCUUCUCGUCUUGCACAGAGAAGGAGUGAUGAAGAGCAAAACAGCAGCGUUUCGACAAAGUGUCUACCCUCCAUUAAAGUAAGUUAGGGAAGAUGGACGGUCCUGUCUACACCUAGCUCGUUCCUGCAGCACUGCCUCAGUCCAGUCAGAAUGGAUUGUCCAGUCCUGUCCAUCACCCAACAAGAAUGAUGGACAAAUGUGUGCUUAAAAAUAUAUAUAUAUGAUGUAUAUGUGUGUGUAUGUGUGUAUAUAUA